AAUAAACGUUAAAAAAAAAUUAAAAAAAAAAGAUCGUCCUUCAGUUUGAUCCUGUUUUAGGAUGUUUGUUAAAAUACUCUUUUUGUUGUUGUUGUUCUUCCGACUUUCUGUUUCUAAAACUUUAUCCUUCUUCCUCUUCUUUAUUUUUUAAAAGUUGCUUCUCCAAAUCAUAGAACUUCCCAGGGUCUUUCUGGCAUAUCCGAAAUAGAGCUCAAAACCGGCAGGGGGUUCCCAAAAUGCUUCCCAAGUGAGUCCUUAUCUCAUCCUAUAUCUGUGUCAGGUUCUUCCGCUGUGACACGGUGGUAUCCUAUUGCGUCCUGGAAUUGUGAUUUCUAAAGUGAAAUCUUUCAGUGAAAGAUAAUAUUGGCUCCUUAUGACCUGGAGUAGUCAAGUCAUAAGUUGUGUGGUGUGGUAGCUCAUGUCGCACCGUGUUCCCACUGCCAGGGCUAAAUGGAGUAUAAGUGAAAUAUCGUGUCAGUUAGACUCACUGGAGAGCCAGGGCGAGGGAGAGCCGGUGGAAGGAGCGGUGUGCUCAGAAACAAUAGUGCCAGCAACUUGCGCCCUUCCUGGCUGCCAUUGACUUUAGCGGCAAGACGUUGUCCCGUUGUUUGGACCCCGCUCGUAAGAACAGUGUCCUUUGCUUCUUGACUUCCCAUAUCAGAAUUAGCAAGUGUUCAUCUUACAUAUGUGUACAAACCUAUAUAUAGCGUGUGAUAGAGAGGAAAGAUGUGAUUCCUCCCCUUUUAUCUUACUAAUAUAUGUUCGAAAGAUACCCAACUGGUAUGUUCAUUGAUCAGUUUAUUGAACAAUGGCACCUGGUGACAUUCUUCUGCCCUAAAGUGGCAGCAAACCAAGAUUUAAAACAAAACAAAACCAACAAACAAAAACCUUCUGGCUAUGAAGGUCCUAUUCUGCACUGGCAUUGUGCAAAGCCCUUUCCCUUCACGACUUCCCUGAAUCCUUACCACAACCCUAUGAGGCGGGUGCCAUUCUUACCCCCAUUGUACCUGGCAGAGAAGCAGAGACGAGGCAACUUGGGUCAGGUCUCACAGCUACUUCAUCAUGACAGCCCAUGUCUGUCUUAUCCCGUGACCCAUUUUGUCUGUGCACGUGUGUGUGUGUGUGUGUGUGUGCGUGCGCGUGUUGGCUGUGACAGAAAGAGAGAGAAGUCUUACUUGACGCUCUCGUUCAGAAAACCCUCAGAGUUUGUUUUUUAAAAGUUAAUUACCUGAGUCAACGGGCAUUUGGUUUCCUGGGUUAGAGGAUGAGUCACUGUCAAGUCCUGUUGAAAACAGAACAGGGGACUCUCAAAAGGUGCAGAUGGAGGACAAGAGAAGAUGCCUCAAGUUUUCACAGGAGUUAUUUGCGUUCUAGUCAUUAUUGGUUUGGCGGCCUCUGUGUAACACCAUCCAAAUCACUGGUGCCAACUUAGUGUUCCUUCUGGUUUGUCCUUGCCAGGGACCAAUAUGGCUGCCUUUCCUUCACUCCUGAUGAAUCAGGAGCCCAGCAGUUUGAUCGGCUCUUCCAAAUGUUGCUGCUGGACGGGUUGCUGCCAUUCUGGUUUCUCUCUUCCAGCUGCUUCUGCAACCCUUGUUUGAAUACAGAUGCAUGAGGCUCAGAACAGUUGGAGAGAACUUUGGAAUAUGGCACAAUUCACCAGCAGCCAUUAGAGGAACAGAGUGGCAGGUCUUGGAGACCUUCAAAACCAGAACGCAAAAAUAGUCACAGUGAAGACAAGAGGAAAAUGAGAACAAGAAAAUGGGGAGAGAAGCGUAGCCUGGCUGACGAUGUGGCGGUAUUAAAAAGCAGCUUAGCGACAAAGGCUCUGCCUGCCUCUGGUAACAAGACGGACAGCACGAGGGAAAAGAGGACCCACAGAAGAACAAAACGUUUUUUAUCCUACCCACGGUUUGUAGAAGUGAUGGUGGUGGCAGACAACAAAAUGGUUUUAUACCACGGAGCAAACCUUCAGCACUAUAUUUUAACUUUAAUGUCAAUUGUAGCCUCUAUCUAUAAAGACCCAAGUAUUGGAAAUUUAAUUAAUAUUGUUAUUGUGAACUUAGUUGUGAUUCAUAAUGAACAGGAAGGACCUUCCAUAUCUUUUAACGCCCAGACAACAUUAAGAAAUUUUUGCCAGUGGCAGCACUCCAACUAUCCAAGUGGAAUCCAGCAUGACACCGCUGUUCUUGUAACGAGACAGGAUAUCUGCAGAGCUCAUGACAAAUGUGACACCUUAGGUCUUGCUGAACUGGGUACCAUCUGUGAUCCCUACCGAAGCUGUUCUAUUAGUGAAGACAGUGGACUGAGCACGGCUUUCACAAUAGCCCACGAGCUGGGCCAUGUGUUCAACAUGCCUCACGAUGACAACAACAAGUGCAAAGAGGAAGGAGUGAAGAGUCCCCAGCAUGUCAUGGCUCCCACAUUGAACUUCUACACCAACCCCUGGAUGUGGUCAAAAUGUAGUCGAAAAUAUAUCACUGAGUUUUUAGACACUGGUUACGGUGAGUGUUUGCUUAAUGAACCUGAAGCCAGACGCUACCCUCUGCCUCCCCAACUGCCGGGCCUCCUUUACAACGUGAAUAAACAAUGUGAAUUGAUUUUUGGACCAGGUUCUCAGGUGUGCCCAUAUAUGAUGCAGUGUAGACGGCUCUGGUGCCAUAAUGUGGACGGAGCGCACAAAGGCUGCCGGACUCAGCACACGCCCUGGGCAGACGGGACAGAGUGUGAGCCUGGAAAGCACUGCAAGUUUGGAUUUUGUGUUCCCAAAGAAAUGGAGGUCCCUGUGACUGAUGGAUCCUGGGGAAGUUGGAGUCACUUUGGAACCUGCUCAAGAACGUGUGGAGGGGGCAUCAAAACUGCCAUUCGUGAGUGCAACAGACCAGAGCCCAAAAAUGGUGGGAAGUACUGUGUAGGACGUAGGAUGAAGUUUAAGUCCUGCAACACAGAGCCAUGUCUCAAGCAGAAGCGAGACUUCCGAGAUGAACAGUGUGCUCAGUUUGACGGGAAGCAUUUCAACAUCAACGGUCUGCUUCCCACUGUGCGUUGGGUCCCUAAGUACAGUGGAAUUUUGAUGAAGGACCGUUGCAAGUUGUUCUGCAGGGUGGCAGGUAACACAGCCUACUACCAGCUCCGAGACAGAGUGAUAGAUGGGACACCCUGUGGCCAAGACACCAGCGAUAUCUGUGUCCAAGGCCUCUGCCGGCAAGCUGGAUGCGACCACGUUUUAAACUCAAAAGCCCGGAGAGAUAAAUGUGGAGUUUGUGGUGGUGAUAAUUCUUCGUGCAAAACAGUGGCAGGAACAUUUAACACAGUGCAUUAUGGUUACAAUACUGUGGUCCGAAUUCCAGCCGGUGCUACCAAUAUCGACGUGCGGCAGCACAGUUUCUCAGGGAAAUCAGAGGAUGAUAACUACUUGGCUUUAUCAAGCAGUAAAGGUGAAUUCUUACUAAAUGGAGACUUCGUGGUCACAAUGUCUAAAAGGGAAAUCCGCAUUGGGAACGCUGUGAUAGAGUACAGCGGGUCCGACAAUGUCGUGGAAAGAAUUAACUCCACAGACCGCAUCGAACAAGAACUCUUGCUUCAGGUGUUGUCGGUGGGAAAGUUAUACAACCCUGAUGUGCGCUAUUCAUUCAAUAUUCCAAUUGAAGACAAACCCCAGCAGUUUUACUGGAACAGUCAUGGGCCCUGGCAAGCCUGCAGCAAACCCUGCCAAGGGGAGCGGAAGCGCAAACCCGUUUGCACCCGGGAGUCUGAUCAGCUUCCGGUUUCUGAUCAAAGAUGUGACCGGCUGCCCCAGCCAGGACCCAUUACUGAACCUUGCGGCACAGACUGUGACCUGAGGUGGCACAUUGCCAGCAGGAGUGAAUGUAGCGCCCAGUGUGGCUUGGGUUACCGCACACUAGACAUCUACUGUGCCAAAUAUAGCAGGCUAGAUGGGAAGACCGAGAAGGUUGACGACAGUUUUUGCAACAGUCACCCCAAACCAAGCAACCGGGAAAAGUGCUCAGGAGAAUGUAACACGGGUGGCUGGCGCUAUUCUGCCUGGACUGAAUGCUCCAAAAGCUGUGAUGGUGGUAGCCAGAGAAGAAGGGCGAUUUGCGUCAACACCCGCAAUGAUGUACUGGACGAUCGCAAAUGCGCACAUCAAGAGAAAGUCACCAUUCAGAGAUGCAAUGAGUUCUCUUGUCCACAGUGGAAGUCAGCAGACUGGUCAGAGUGCCUGGUCACCUGCGGAAAAGGACAUAAGCACCGCCAGGUCUGGUGUCAGUUUGGGGAAGAUCGAUUAAACGAUAGAAGCUGUGACCCUGAGACCAAGCCAGCCUCCAUACUGACUUGUCAGCAGCCAGAAUGUGCGUCCUGGCAGGCGGGUCCCUGGGGACAGUGCAGUGUCACUUGUGGACAAGGAUACCAGCUGAGGGCAGUGAAGUGCAUCAUUGGGACUUACAUGUCAGUGGUCGAUGACAAUGACUGCAAUGCAGCCACUAGACCAACUGAUACCCAGGACUGUGAAUUACCAUCUUGUCACCCUCCCCCAGCUGCCCCGGAAGGAAGAAGAAGCACGCAGAGUGCACCAAGAACCCAGUGGCGAUUUGGGUCUUGGACACCAUGCUCAGCCACUUGUGGAAAAGGUACUCGGAUGAGAUAUGUCAGCUGUCGGGACGAAGACGGCUCUGUGGCUGACGAGAGCGCCUGUGUGACUCUGCCUAGACCAGUGGCAAAGGAAGAAUGUUCUGUGACUCCCUGUGGGCAGUGGAAAGCUUUGGACUGGAGCCCUUGCUCCGUGACAUGUGGGCAAGGCAGGGCGACCCGGGAAGUGGUGUGUGUCAACUACAGUGACCACGUGAUUGAUCGGAGUGAGUGCGAUCCAGACUACAUCCCAGAAACCGACCAGGACUGUUCCACCUCACCAUGCCCUCAGCGGACCCCAGACAGCGGUCUCGCUCAGCACCCCUUCCAAAGCGAGGAUUUCCGCCCCAGAAGCGCGGGCCCCAGCCGCACCCACGUGCUUGGUGGAAACCAGUGGAGGACUGGCCCCUGGGGAGCAUGUUCCAGUACCUGUGCUGGUGGGUCCCAGCGACGUGUUGUGGUAUGUCAGGACGAAAAUGGAUACACUGCAAAUGACUGCGUGGAGAGGAUAAAACCCGAUGAGCAAAGAGCCUGUGAAUCUGGCCCUUGUCCUCAAUGGGCUUAUGGCAACUGGGGAGAGUGCACGAAGCUAUGCGGUGGGGGCUUGCGCACAAGACUGGUGGUCUGCCAGCGGCCCAGCGGUGAGCGGUUUCCAGAUCUGAGCUGUGAAAUCCUUGAUAAGCCUCCAGAUCGCGAGCAGUGUAACACACAUGCUUGUCCGCAAGACGCUGCCUGGAAUCACGGCCCUUGGAGUUCGUGUUCUGUCUCUUGUGGUCGAGGGCAUAAACAACGAAAUGUUUACUGCAUGGCAAAAGAUGGAAACCAUUUAGAGAGUGAUUACUGUAAACACCUUGCUAAGCCAAGUGGGCACAGAAAGUGCAGAGGAGGAAGAUGCCCCAAAUGGAAAGCUGGCGCCUGGAGUCAGUGCUCUGUGUCCUGCGGCCAAGGCACACGGCGGAGAAGUGUGAGCUGUCAGACGGGAACACACAAAACAGCCAGAGAGACUGAGUGCAACCCCUACACCAGACCGGAGUCGGAACGCGCCUGCCAAGCCACACCGUGUCCUCUCUAUGCCUGGAGGGCAGAGGAAUGGCAAGAAUGCACCAAGACGUGUGGCGAGGGCUCCAGGUACCGCAAGGUGGUGUGUUUGGAUGUGGACAAAGGCACUGAGGUUCACGGCCUACGCUGCGACACGAGCAAGCGGCCUGCGGACCGGGAGAGCUGUAGUUUGCAGCCCUGCGAGUAUGUCUGGAUCACAGGAGAAUGGUCAGAGUGCUCAGUGACCUGUGGAAAGGGCUACAGACAAAGGCUCGUCUCCUGUAGCGAGAUUUACACCGGGAAGGAGAAUUAUGAGUACAGCUACCAAACGGCCGUCAACUGCCCGGGCACUCAGCCCCCCAGCGUCCAUCCGUGCUACCUGAGGGAGUGCCCUGUGUCGGCCAGCUGGAGAGUCGGCAACUGGGGCAGCUGCUCAGUGUCCUGUGGUGUGGGAGUGACACACAGAUCUGUGCAGUGUUUAACCAACGAGGACCAGCCCAGCCACUUAUGCCCUGCCGACCUGAAGCCAGAAGAAAGGAAAACUUGUCACAAUAUCUAUAACUGUGAGUUACCCCAGAACUGCAAGGAGGUAAAGAGACUGAAAGGUGCCACUGAAGAUGGUGAAUACUUUCUGCUCAUCGCGGGAAAGCUUCUGAAGAUAUUCUGUGCAGGGAUGCAGUCUGACCACCCCAAAGAGUUCAUAACCCUGGUCCACGGUGACUCAGAAAACUUCUCCGAGGUAUACGGGCACAGGCUGCACAACCCAACCGAAUGUCCCUACAACGGGAGCCGACGGGAUGACUGCCAGUGUCGGAAGGACUACACGGCAGCUGGGUUUUCCAGCUUCCAGAAAAUCAGAAUAGACCUGACCACGAUGCAGAUAAUAACCACUGACUUACAGUUUGCCCGGACCAGCGAAGGACACCCUGUCCCUUUUGCCACAGCCGGGGACUGCUACAGUGCUGCCAAGUGCCCGCAGGGUCGUUUUAGCAUCAACCUUUACGGGACCGGCCUGUCUUUAACUGACUCAGCCAGAUGGAUAUCACAAGGGAACUACGCGGUCUCCGACAUUAAGAAGUCCCCGGACGGUACCCGAGUCAUGGGAAAAUGCGGUGGCUACUGUGGGAAAUGUACUCCAUCCUCUGGCACUGGCCUGGAGGUUCGAAUUUUAUAGUUAAGGUGCUCUGAAAAGGAAGCCAUUAUGGGAUGGAUGAAGGAUAGUAAUGCAAUACCUCCACCUUAAAUUUGUGUGCGUGUGGGCGUGUGAGGACUUGUAUGAGUGUGUGUGUGUGUGUGUGUACAUAUGCACAUAUAUACAUAUAUAUACACACACACACAUAUAUAUAUCUGUAUAUAUGUGUGUGUGUGUAUAUAUAUGUGGAAUAUCCUAAUGAUGUAAAGUUUAAUAUUUAUGUUUGAAAUUAUUUAUUGUGAUGUAAUAUUUUUGUACGUAAAAUGAUUCUAUUAUGACUGCUUUUUGCAUUAUGUUGUCCCCUGCAGUCAAAUCACUGCAUUUUACGUACUCUACAUUAUAUGUAGUACUAUGACAAAAGUGAUCCUUCAUUAUCACGGUACACUAUUGUUUACUUUCUAUCUGUAAAUAUUUUAUUGUGACCUUUACGAAAUUGUAAUUUGUCUUUUUAAAACAACCUAGCUGCCAUCAAGGUGCUACAGAGUCGUGUGAGUGUAUUUUGGCAUUUCUAGGAAAGUAUCCGCCAACAAGUAAUUUAGCGAUGUCACAGAUUGUACCAGCCAUUAGUUAUGUUAACUAUUCAGUUUCAUGUGAUCUCUGGGAAAAAAAAUGCUGCCUUGGUGCUAUAUAAUGUAUAUAUUUAAGUGAUCACCAGACUCAGAAAUGUAAACACGUUUAAUAAAAGGGAGGCAUAGAGACAGAAUGCGACGGACAGAAUCACUUGGAAAAGCAAGACCACUUUUUCUUAUUUUUGGACAUGCUUGUUUUGGAAGAGGAUUGGACUCUCUUCUUUUUGUUACUGUUAUUAAUACUUUGCUUCAGUUCAUGGUGCCUAGAUCUCUCUGAAGUUAAAUGGAGGAGACCCCAAAGCCACUGCAUUACAGAGUGAUAUUGAGAAAGUGAGAUCCUCUCGACUUUUUGCCGAGACGUUCUAUAACGGUGUCCCCGUUUAUCAGCUGCAAGACAGGAUGCUCAGGAUGGGGUGACCUUCAGCACCCCCAGCACACCCGGAGAAGUUCAAAACCAGUUCCUCAUCAUCAGGACUGCCUUCUGCCUAAACGCAUUGACUGGUGACAUGACUUUUCUUCAGGCCAUGAGCCUGAGACCCUGCCAGUUCAUGGCUGCUGCAGUAAUUAGCAUUUGUGAGAAGACGUAAACCGUGGAAUGGAAGACACCUGAGUCUUUCCAAUCUUCCAUUAACCCACUCUUUGUUACUUAUGUCCAAAAUGGAAGUCCUGAAGUCAGUGUCUCUCAGCCCUUCCAACCUGAUUGAAGGGGAGUCAUUGCCAAUGACCCGUGGCAGACCUUCAGUGUUUGAAAUCCUGCCCACGUCCAAAACCCAAAGAGAUUAGCAAGAACCUGGGAGUAUCCUCCAACCCCAAACGAACUCCAGAGUGCUCCAUAAGAAGUUAUACUCAGUGUAUGAAUAAGUGUUAUUCUCCUUUAUUAAUACAUUGUGAAAAUAUACUAUGAAUAAAUACCAUGACCACAUCCAAA